UUUUCGUGACUCUUUACUACUACCAUACGUAUAUUGGGCAUACAGUCUACGCAAAUUUGUUCGGUUUUCGACCGCUCUCUCUUUCUUAUGCUGGUUUGUCACCUAAAAAUGCAAUUCAUGUGAACCUGGUUCUAAUACCAGGAGAUUAGGCCCACUCAUGGGCAGGACUCCCAGUGAGGAUGCCAAGAAACACUGACAGCGGUAGCAGCAACACCGGAAUAGUGACACGCUCAUCAGCAUCUCUCAUCGAAGGUGAUGUUGGAAACCACCUUCAGCUGACUGUUCCUUGUAAAGUGACGUUAGACAAACUUAGGCAAUCUUCAAAGAAGCUUGUAUUGAAGCAUGGCAGUGGGUACUACACUCUAACAAGAGGUGAAUCACUAAGAUACAGAAUUGAAGGAAUCAAAGUCCUGAGAACAAAAAAUCGAUCGAUGCCAACUGCAACUCAAAAAGGCGGGAGUAAAAUGAAUCGACCCGACCCCAGGGAUAAGGGGUAUCGCCACAUUCCUCAAUCCAGGGAAUCCGGCUUUUCAAACAAUUCCUAUGGAGACUACCAUAAGCAGGGUCAAUUUGAUGGGAGGUAUCCUGGUCCCUAUAGAAGCAGAGGACAAGAUAAUCGGUUUGAACAAAGAAGGCACUGGUCUCCGCGCGGCAAUUAUGGAAACCGAGGGAGCAGAGACCCGUAUGGCAGAGACUAUAAUAAUUCCAGGGAACAUUUUGGAAGGAGGGCAUCGUCUUAUCCUGACGAAGCUAUGGGGGAAAGGAGGAUAGCAUCUAGUGAAGGUAGAUUUGAGAGAUUUCCUCCAGGAGACAGGGAAUCAUCACUUGGGUCACAAGAUCGCCCUGGGAGGUACCCUGAUCAACAUGCCGAGAAGAGGAGGCACCUGAGUGGUUCCAGUUUGGAUGAACAGUCUUCUAAAUCAUUAGCAUCAACGUACAGGAGAGCUGGCAUAGGUGAACAGAGCAAUCAUGCAGUAUCACUGAAUGCUUGUGAGAAAGAGGACUCUAAUCAAUCGAAUAAGGAACCCAAAGAGAAUGUAUUAAAUAACGACAGGACUACACUUACCCUUACCUCAUCCAAGGACAAGGCAGGCUCUCCUGCAGACUCACAAGGUCUUUCAAAUUCUCAUGAAAGCAAAGCAACCCAGAAAACUCCAACUGCGACAGCAAAGCCAAAUACUAAUAAGCAUAAAAAGAAAAUUGUAUUGACGAUGUCACAGCAGAUAGAAUCACUUAGGAGCUAUUCACCUAAGGCUAAUGUAGUAGAAAACAAGGAAAUGUCGGCCAAAAAUUCUGAAGAUGCUAAUGUAGAGACUUCAACAACUGGUAAUGGGGAAAAUCACAAAGGAAGCCCUCACCGAACUGAAAUUUCUAUACCAAAGCACAUAGAUGGGAAAAAGCCUUCAGCAAAAGGAACAGAGGCCACCAGUUCAUCAGGAGAAGCUGAAAGUGCAUCCACAAGUCCAAGGAGAGUCCACAGUGCCAGGAAGAGUGUUCCAUCAUCCAGUGUGAGCAGGACACAGAAAAGUGACAUGCUGAAGAAACAAGCUCUCUUGCGGUCACAAAGCGAUCAAAACCCACCAGCUGCCAGCAAUGCCUCAAGUAGACCUACUGCAAGGAUGGGUGUGAAAGAAACAAAAUCUGGUGAGAGAGACUCUGAUCAAGGAAGUCCCAUCGUUGUUGUGGAAGGAAAGGAUGCAUCGGUGCCUACAAAUGAUGAUACCUCAAGAGUAAAAGAGGUUUUUACACCACCCCCGGUUGACGACAUCGUAGUUCUAUCAGACACAGAGGACAACAUGAUAGAAAUAAGUUCACAAGACAAAGGUUCCACUAAGACAGGGACAGGUGAUGCCAAAACAUUGACACCAUCUCCGAGCAAUGCCAGCACAUCAGGUGGAAAUCUGACAAUGUCCUCUGAGCUACACUCCAAAGUUGAUGACAAGGCUUCAGCACAAAAGGUCACCUCUGAGGAAAGUGUACUCCAGAACAGUCAAGAUGUGGAGCAAGGAGAUAAAGUCCAGAAUAUGACAUCAGAUGAGGCAGCAACUUCUGAAACCAGGGAUGCUGUAAAGGUUGAUGACCCUAAGAAGAGUCUCGAUGUUGAGAAGAUAACAGGAAAGGGGCUGUUAAAGAUAACAGAGAAACUGAAGAAGAAUCUGUUAAAGGGAAAGGUUUCGCCUCAGACUUCAUCUCCCAGCAGCAGGGUAGGAUCAAGAUCAAGCUCCAACAGUUCUGUGGAGAUUCCGAUUGACACUACUAAAGUGACUGACCAAGCAGACUCUCACCAGAGGGAAGUGGAUGACGGUUCUGUUGCCACUUCUACCUGUUUAGAAAUCCCCAACACUGAAGGUCAAGUGUCUUCAGGAAUCCCAGACACUGUGCCAAAAGUUGAUGGAAAGGAGGUCUGUGAAGACAAUAUUAUACAUGUACCAAAACUUAGUGCACCAUGUACAGGAAACGACGAUGUUGCAGACUGCAUAGCUGUGGACAUGAUGGAUGAUGAUAAACAAGCUUCACAAUCCGAUGAUCUUCAUUGCAUAGGUGGGGACACCCAGCCCUUUCUAGUUUCCACUGAACCUGCAGCCGAUGACACUGACCAUAUAUGCAAUGAUGUCUUAGAUGACUCCUCUAAGAUUACUUCUCCUCCUGAGAAAUCUGAUUAUGUAAAUAGCCCUGUUGUAGGUGAUGAAAUUCUUCAAACGGCUAGUUCCCUUCCCAAGCAAUCUGAAGAAGCAUCCAAAAAAGAUGAUUCAACCCUUGCCAAGGUUGGUGACUCGGUCGGAGACGUUGAAGACCUGAGUGAUGGUAGCGUUGACUUAGGACCUCAUGAACCUGGUGAUAUGGACUCUGUCGAUGAUGACCUUCUCUUGGAGGAUGAGCCUGUUAUGAUCUCUGAACUGUACAACCCAGAACCAGAAAAGAUGGACACCUCUGAAACCCCAGAACCACAGGAUUCUCAGGUCUCUGAACUCCCAGAAUCACAGGAGGUCUCUGAGGUCUCUGAACUGGCCAUAGCUCGGGUAGAGUCCCAGAGUGAAGAUGUGCUUCAGCAGGUAGUCUCAGAUAAGCCUUCCUCCUCCUCGAAGCGGACCUUGACAGAAGAUAGCGAGGAUGCUGAGGAAGGGCCGGUCUCUAAGAAGAGUCGCACAGAAACUGCAGAUAUCAUCGAAGGUAUCGAGAUUCCGGGCACUGGAGAAACUGCAGACUCGGAUGCAAAUAAGAAACCUGUCAUCUUUACCCACAGUGAAUGGAAGGAGUUUGCUCAGUCAAUCAAGGAAAAGUAUGAGAAGUUAGUCCAGACCUUCAACCAGAAGACAAACGUCAUGUACGAAGCCCAGGCCCACUGGCAGCAGGAGACCGUCACCUGGAAGAAGAACUAUGAAGAGCUGGAACUCAAGUAUGAAAAUCUUGCCCUCCAGGUCAAGGAGAAGUCUGUGGCUGAGAAGCAGAACGUUGGGUCACAGACGACUUUUACGCAUAAAACCAAGCUCUCACGGAAGAAGAAAGGGGGAACCCGCCAAGCACCCCAGGAAACGCCCUCCCAAGAAGAAGAAGCUAUGGAAACUGAACAGGGUACUACUAGUUCUUCCGAUGCGCCUGCAUCAUCAUCAGGACCACCACCAACUCAGACUACCUCAGACUGUUCACCUUCUGCUGCAGCAACAUCCUCAAGGUCUAACAGCGAUCCUGUCUCUCCUGGAACUCUUAAACCAACAAACCUGGAAUCCAAGAGAAAGGUCUUCAAAGCUACGCUAAACAAGGUCAUGCAGAGACAAAAGAACUUAUCUGGAGCAAGUGAAGCUGGGACUUCAUCUGACGCUCCCUCCUCAGGAAAGUCCUCUCCGGUUGUAGCCUCACCAAUGAAGACAUCUACUACCAACGAGUCCACAGAAGAACCUGGUUCAUCCGAUGGUGCAACAGCCUUGACCCCAAAGACAAACCAAACAGUUAGUAGAGACUCCCCUAUGGACACCUCACAUGCUGGGAGUAAGACAACCGAUUCCCCUGCUGCUAAUACUGCAUCCACUGAAUCAAUGUCAACGAAGGGACCAAAUGUUGCAAUCACUGCCUCAGGAACUGCCACUGCUGCAUCUAGACCACAAGAGACUAGUUCGUCCAAACCAACACCUUCUAACACAGGGAACGCUAACCUGUCUUCAGUUUCUAAAGCGACGUCUUCACAAGCCAUUCCAUCACCAUGCAAAUCACUUACCAGCACUGCAGGUGCUAUUCAUUUUGCAUCCCCCUCUAAAGCACAAUCAGACUCCUCAGUGAAGACCAAUGUGCCUUCAGCCACCGAUUCAUCAAAGCUUCCUGGAUCACCCAAGCACUCCACAAACACUGCAUCCACAAAGGUGCCUGAAACAUCCAAAGACACUGGUCCUCAGACCAACAAGGACUCCUUGGUCAGCAAGCCAACCAAAUCUGUGCAGGUUCAGGAUGAACCGGAAGUAAUAGAUCUUACCGAUGAACCUGAUCCACCUGCCAAACCGUCUGCACCUAGUCCGCACAAACAACAGGAUGCACAGCCUGCCAGCAAGCACACAACACUGACCACUAGAUCGCCUCACGCACUCGUCAACUCACCUCCAGUUUCUUCACCAAAUACAGUAGUUUCAAGAGCAACAAGUGUUUCCGCAGGCAGCAGCAGUAUUACCGCACCUGCAGCUUCAGGGACGGUAUCAGCAAAUACAAGACAAGUGCAAAGUGGUACCCAAAAUCUUGUUUCACAAAAUGCCACCCAGAGACCUGGCCAACGAUCACCUGCUGUACAACCCGCGUCGCAAACAAGGACUGGUUCCACCUCCAGGCAAAUACCGUCUCCUAAAAGAAGCUCCCCAGGUGUUCCACAAAGCGUCUCACCUCAGGGUAAUAAGCAAUCUUCAUCUGCUGCAAACCUUCAGCUCAGGAAUGUGAAUCCUCCAGUGGUGACCACUCUGCUGCAGGGUACUAACGUACGCCCUCAGGUGGUGAGCCUCCAGCAUGGCCCCAGACAGAACCAGAUCGCUCCUGCAGGUAGAGGUCACCCUGCAACCUCUCAGGUAGCCGUAUCUCAGGUCCCCAUACAGCAGCAGCAGACCACUACCAUCAGCAGCCUGCAACCCGGGCUGACAACCAUACAAAACCAAGCCAGAAUGCAGGGUCACGUGGCCAUACAGCAGAGGCUUCAACAGCAACAGCAGCGGAUAUCUCUGCAGAUGCUGCAGCAGGGUCGACAGGGUGUCCAUCAGCUUCCAGGGGCUGCUGCUUCGGCUGCGGCUCUUGCCAUAAGACAACCGGGCCCGACAUGGUUGCAGCAGCCCAGGCAACAGCUUCAAGUUACCUCUACCCAACAGCAAAGUUUGCAAGUGUGUCAGCAAAUCCAGGCUGCACCUGGUCAGGUACAGGUGCAGAUGGUGAGACCUCUUAGUGCAGGCGCAGUUCAAACUGUCACCACCUCUACUUUACAGCCCGGCUCAGCUCAGCUAGCCCUCCAGCAGCAGCAGCAGCAGCAGAACCAGCACUACCAGAACCUAGCCCGUAGUCAAGCUGCCAGCACCCAGGACCAGAUCCAAGCCCAGGAGAGAGCCCAUGCUGCCAACCAUGCCCAAGCUGUGGCCAAGGCUGCCAGGGAGCAACGGGAACAGGAGCAGCAUCAGCAAGCCAGGAUUGCCGCUCAAAGGCUACAGUCCAGUCAGCUAGAGCAGCAGCAGACGCAGAUGGUUCAGAUCAAGAAGCUGCAGGAAGAGAUGAGUGUUAUUCAGACCAAGGCACAACAACAUCGCAACAAGAAACGACUCAUUUUGUCUCAGAUCAAGAGAGGUGAAGAAUACCAGCAAGCCCUCAGGUCCAAGCUAUCAGGCAGCAAGCAAUCCGGAAUGAAUCGCCAGGUAUUCCAAAGUUGUCAAAGACAACUGCAAGAUGUGCAGGAACAGGAACGAAAGCUGCGUAGUGAGUUGAACCAUGUGGAGAAGGGACUUGAAGAAUGUAGGCUAAAAAGCAAUCAACUUGACCAACACAUUCAUCUGGCAACCACAGCCGCUGCCUCAAGAUUAUCUCCACAAGAACUCCAGAAGCAUCAAUUGCAGCAACAGCAGCAGCAACUGAGUCAGCAACUGGCACAACGCCAGAUCCAACAGCAACAGCAGCAAAAGCUUCAGCAACAGCAACAGCAACAGCAGCAGCAAGUGCAGUUGCAACAACAGAAGGCAAACGAAACUACCAGACCCAAACAUCCCGCACAGCUGCCUGACCUGAACAUAGCGUUAGACGUUCCCCGUCAAUCCCUCUACACUCCUAUGCCGAUCAAACCUGUCCUGGAGAUCAAGCACUCCCAAGAGGGUAUUGUUCUGUCCUGGAAGGCCGACCCAGAUGGAGGUGCUUCAAAGAUAGACGUCAAGCGAUACCUUCUCUACGCUUACCAGGAAUCCGAGUCGGCGACGCCCAACACCGACCUGUGGAAGAAGAUUGGUGCCGUGGAUGCGCUCCCCUUACCCAUGGCAUGCACUCUCACCCAUUUCAAAGCUGGCAGCAUGUAUCAUUUUGCUGUGUGUGCCAUCAGUAAGCACAGUAGACCUGGAGUGUUUAGCAACAUUGGCAGCAUCAAUCUACCUUGACAGUUUUCUUAUAGCAUAUUGGCUUCCAAACAAUGUAACAAUCACUGAUUGUGGUCUGAGUGAGAAACAUUCCUUGAGCUCUACAGUUGGUUAUCAUUAUCUCAUCGAUGCCUAUGUAUAUGUAUCUAUGUAUUUAUAAACAGUAUGCAUAUUAAUAAUUUUGUGUUACCGAAAUUGUAUAUAAAUGUAUCAUAUUUUCUUUUAGAUACAUUUUUAAUCUGUUCUUUUCUUUUCAUUGUUGUGUUCAAUUAUUAAACAAUUUUUUUUAAUGGAGAACUGUUCAUACUCCUAACUUUUCUCCCAAUCUUAUGUUUACCUUUACAGGAGUAGCAGAGUACGCACAUUUGUGGCAUGAAUACUUACAGAUGAAA